CUGGUACAUUCACAAAUUUAUCCUUUGGAAACUCUGCAUAUUUCAUGAACGACUUGCAAUUGACUCGCUCGGGAAUUUUGAAUGAUAGUGAUGAUCCAGCGCUUACUUCGUAGUUCGAAGCAAAAUUGGCUACUUCGUCUAUGUUCGACUUACGUUUCGAUGCCACUUCCACCACCAAACUUUUACGUUUCAGAGUAUCUUUGUCCGUGCGUUUCGAUUUCCGUAGCUUUACUGCCUGCGGACUCGGGCUAAUGCAAUCAUCUCCAUCUAUUUUCAGAAAAAUUGUUCGCAAAUUGGAUGAGUGAUUUAGUUGCAAAACAUCCACAAAAAUGAAAAUGAGAAGUGGCACAUACCUUCGCCACCUUCGGAACCGACUGAAUAUGAGUUACUAUGCGGCUCUACAUUUUCCGAUUCAUCGUCCUGUUGUGGUGGCAAUGUUUUUCCGAUUUCGAUCGGUUCUUUGGCAGCCGUUGCUUCUUCAAGCGCUGCAUUGAAUUCCUCCGAAUUCCACGACACAUUCGCCACGUUACUAAAAUCUCGAAGCACUUCUUCUAUCACUUUGUGUGUCACAGACAUUUUUUUAAUGUUACUUAUCGGAACAAAACUACCAGAAUGAAGAAAACAAAAUGAAGGAGAUGACUUUUACACUGUUAAUUCUGCACCAUUGUCUCACAAAAACUUACAAUUUAAAAACUAAGUUUGUAUGCAAUGACGAACUCAAUACAAAGGGCCUCCGAAACACCACAUCAGAAUCACAGGGUGAACGCUUAACGCUUUUCGUAAAAUUAUUUCACAAUCACGGACAACGAUAAGAAGAAUUAUAGGAUGUGUGUGGCACCCUUUGUCACCGUUUGUUAUAUUUUGUUUUUCAUUGUCUAGCUCCACAACCGCCUAAACCAACUGUGACUUUCAUUAUCUAGCUUCAGUCUGCCAACAACCGCCAAAUCAAUUUGUUCAAAUUAAAUUGUCGGUCAAAGUAGUUGUACAAGAAGUACAAAGUUUUUUUCCGUGUUUUUUCUUUCUAACUGUACGCAGGUGUAUAUAAAAUAAAACGAUCGAAACAGCAAAAGGUGUCGCUAAUACGAAAUUUAAAACGUGGGUCGCAGAUGCAUUGGAUUGAAUUUUUGGCUCGCAUUGGAUUGAAUCGCAGAAUCGGCGUUGACCGCAUAAAGAUCAAUUAAAGGACACCUUGGUACAUCGAAAAUAUGGCAGACGCAAAGCGAAACGAAGGCGAAUCAAUGACCCAUUCCAUGACGUUAAUAGAACGCUUGGCGCGAUCUUAUCAAUUUAUGAAAGAUAAAAUUCUUCGGCUGGAAGAACAAUUUGUGAAUCGCAAUUAUGAAAUUUCAUCCAACAUUGAUGUGUUGGAAGCUCAAAUCGAACCGAUUGCAAAUCCAUUAACUAAUGUUAAUGACAAUUCGGUUUGUGAUCGAAGAGACACUGAAAAUAUUAGUGAUAAAGCGAUGAUCAAAAUAUUCGCCGAGCAUCUGCCGAAAAUGAAGGACGCAUAUGGACGUCUCAAUCUGGCUGUGGAUGAACAGAAACGAAUCAUCGAAAAACAACAAAAAUUACUACAUGAACGGCGCCCCGCCGAUCCAGGAUGUGAUUCGGCUGCCCACAAAGUUCCAAUUCCGGUCACUGCCAAUCGACCUGUUGAACAUGCUUCGAACGUUGUGGAGCCAUGUGCGUCACCCGAUUUGUUUGAUGAGUUCGAUGACAUUAAAAGUCCAUUGCCAUCGCAAAUGUCGAAUGUUACGGCGUAUCAAGUGAACAAGCGCCCCGCCGAUCCAGGAUGUGAUUCGGCUGCCCACAAAGUUCCAAUUCCGGUCACUGCCAAUCGACCUGUUGAACAUGCUUCGAACGUUGUGGAGCCAUGUGCGUCACCCGAUUUGUUUGAUGAGUUCGAUGACAUUAAAAGUCCAUUGCCAUCGCAAAUGUCGAAUGUUACGGCGUAUCAAGUGAACAAGCGCCCCGCCGAUCCUGACGACAACGUCCCACUUCCGGUCACUGCCAAUCGUACGUACGACGUACAGUCCGACGACAGUGAUGAGGAUUGCCAACGAUUCAACAGAAAGUCAAAGUGGCGACAAACACCGACCAACACGAAAAAGAGAGUUGGACGGAACGGUCGAAUUACCGAUCAGUUUGCCGAAAUAUCACUGACAAGUCUCCACCACAAGACACCGCUCGCCAAAUCGGAACAAGGACUGGAUAUUGACGACAAUGACAACGAUGAAUCGGACAUUGACGAAGAAAUUGACGAAAUGGAUGGUAACGCCGGGAAUGGCUACGUCGACAAUUACAAGCAAAUGGUCGCGGACGCAGCGGACUCAUCCUCGUCAACGAAUUCAUCCUCGUCAAUGAACGACAACGACUCGUCAAGCGACGAAAUGGACGAUAGUGACGAAAUGGACGAUAGUGACGAAAUGGAUGGCGAAGAAGACCCGACAGUCGCAAUGCUAGAACGUAUCAAUCGCAACGGCUUAAAAGAAAUGAAACCAAAAGGCUCUAACGCCCAGAAAUGGCACAUUCAACUGCCACCCGGAAAGCGAAUGCGAUGGGGACCAUCACUUAAACGCGGAAGCAACUACUACCGCAAGUGUUUAUUUUGUGAAGCAAAUGUCCCAACGCAACGACAAAAAAUGCAUGAAGCAUCGCACAAGGGUGGGUCAAAAUGCCCAAAAUGUCCGAUUGUUUUUUUUUCGUUUGUAUCUUUGGGAAAACACGUAUGUCACGCUAAAGGAAAAAUAUUCAAAGUGACAAAUACAAACGUGGAAAUAACGACCGGCCAUCCAAAAUAUAAACUUUUCGUGUUACCCUUACGUUCAAACGAAACUGGCGAAGACGUGUGGUGGUGCGGAACGGGAACGCGCGACGCAAAAACGAAUGCGGAAAAUGCAAUAAAACGAUGCCGAUAUGCUCAUGCAAAGGGUAACAUGAAACGAACCGGAGAAACUGUCGGAUGCCCUUCACUAUCGAAAUUGCUGUACCCCAAGAACGAAACGAAACGUUGGACGCCGUACCCAGACCACGCAAUCGAAUUGCCGUUACUGGGCGGUGAUCAUAACACGACGCAAAAACUUCGCAAUUUAGUCAGAAACAUCCUAGACACGCCGGCCCAUCAUAAAGCACUAAAUGCCGAAACGAUCUUCGCACCGUACGUAGACCGCAUUACAAAAAAAUUACAACGAAUGGAAAUGCCAGAGCGACAACGAAAAGGAUUAAAAAACUACGUAAAUGACCGACGAAUAUUCUAAAUAACAAAAAACACUGAGAAACAAAUGUCGUUACAACGAAAAGCCGUACAUCUGUAACUUCUGCGGUAAAUGCUUCAUUCAGUCAUCGAAUCUUUCGUUGCAUAUAAGAGUGCAUACAGGCGAAAAGCCAUACAAAUGUACAACGUGCCAACGCUGUUUCGCCAGUUCCAGCACAUUGACCAUGCAUCAUCGAGUACAUUCAGG